AUGGAGGUCGCAGAAUCCACAGAUCCGCAGGAUGGAAGUGAAGUUUUGCACACGGUUGAAAUGGACCUGACGGAUGCAAAUGAUGUGGCAGACGGAAAGGUUAUGAAGGAAAAAGUCACGUUCUUGGAAAUGAAAACAUUCAAGAGGAACGUCCGUUCGUUAGAGGGCUUGGAAGAGAGCACUGAGCUGGACCCAUUGAAGAUCAUCUGCGUCGGUGAGUUUGCAGGUGGGGUUCGAGCAAAGGGCGUUUUUAUCAAAGACUAUCUGGGAAUUAAACCUACAGCUAGAAUCCACCCGUUCAACUCCAUAGAUUUUUACUUAAAAAGAGUGAACUGGUUGCGGCGAGGAGACCAUAGAAGUCACUUCUCUAUAGUUCUUCAGCUGAGCGAAAUUUCGGAAAUGGAGCGAUUUUCUGCCAUGACGAAGGUCUUCUUUCAACAUAGCGCAGACGAGGUACAAAAAGUAUCCGUGCAAGGGAUCGUGCAAGAGAAAAUCAUAUGA